AUGGCCAGCCUGAGGCCCAGCCGGCUUCCCUGCAUCAGGGCGGCAUUCAGUGCAGCCAGCUUCUGGAAGUGGCAGAGACACGCGCGCCAUCGCCUGCAGGUCAACUCCAGAAAGAACCUCCUGGACUUCGCUGAAGGCAUCUGGCGAGAGUUUUUAGAUCCUUACGAUGACUCAGAUCCCCCAGGCCAUGCCAACUGCCGAAGCUACCGCCAGCGUGCCUGCCGCCUCCUGGGAGACAGGAACCGCAUCACACCUUACUACACAGCGAGGUUCAAGACUGCCGAGGAGGCCAGCAGGGAAGACUGGCUCCCACCGAAGGCUCUGGAGCUCACCACGAAGGCUUCUGGCUGGGGCCCCAUGACCUUGGAAGUCAACGACGUGGACAUGCAGCCUGAGGGUGACCUGAAGGCACUUGGCCCCCAAGAGGCCAGUGGGUUGCCUGCCAAGCUGUGCCCAUCACCAGAGGACUGGAGGAUGACGACAAAGGCUGCCAGCCCCCUCAUUCCUGUGGAGGCCCUGGAGCUGGGCAAACACCUGCCGGGCAGAGCCAGAGCGCCCCGCUCACCACCCAGGCUUGGGAGCGACAGAGACAAGGGGCCCAGGCUGUCACUUUCCAAGAGGAAGCUGGAGCUUUUACUUGCAGAGCCUGAGAGAAUUAAGAGAAAGAAGAAGUACGUGGCUGAGCCAGGGCCCCGGGCAGGGACAGAGCCGGGGACCCAGGAUACACUGAGAGUUAUGAGUGGGAGAUUAAGUCCCUAG